AGAAGAGGUUGGGAUUUAAGAAACGCGGAGGAAUUAGGAGGAUUAGAAUCCAGAAUUUUAGUUGUUGGUGCCUUUUAGUUAUUAAGUAUUGUUGAUGUCGUUUUUGCAAGAAAAAUUCUAGAACUUUCCGUUGGGAAACUGUACGCCGGCUCCGGCUCUCUUCUGUUGCUCUCUUCCCGACUUUUUCCCGGGUAUUGUAUCAAUCAUCUCGCUUCACCACUCCUCCCAAAAUUUCCCCCAAUCAGAUUCAAACUUCUUUCAUCGUUUCCUCAUCUGAAAAACCACUUUUCUUUAUCCGCAUCUCAGCUUGAAUUGUACAAAAGCUAAUUGGAGUAACAUAAAGUUUCUAGGUUUCGGUUUAAUUAUUGCUCCGGCUGGUGGAAAUUGAUUGAAUUGCAUUUGCAUGACGAGCGCGUCGGAGCUGUUUCACGCCAGGAGGUCUCGCUUUGGUCGAAGCAGCAGCAGCCUCCUCGACCUUGGAGACGGAGGAGGAGAGGAGCCGCCGCUUGAUUCCUCCUCCUCCUCCUCCCAUCUUCACCGAAUUCCUCACCCUAAUAGUCGUCGCCACCGCGAUCACGUCAAUCACCAUCACGGUACCACUCCUACUACUAGUGUUAAUUCACGACGUCAUCAUCAUAAUCGCCUCGAUAUUGAAGGAUGUGAUCCUCUCCCUCGGCGCCCUCCUCACCCUAGACAUCACCUACCUCAUCGCCACCUUCUUCCUGAUCAUGAAUCAGGUUGGCUGGACCAAGGUAGCAGUCCUUCUGCCUUACGAGAGGUUAACAAUUCUGAAUCUGUGGACGCCUUAAGGGGUGGGCUGAGGUCUGCUGGUAAUGAUAGGCUUCCGGGAACUGUGCUUCUUGCAAGAGAGAGGCUUCUGCAGAGGCUGAGAGGAGUCUCUUUAUCUGCAAAUAGGCAAAGGCACCGGCCUUCAUCAAGCAUUCAUCACAAUGACUUUGCUGUCGAGGAUGAUUUUAGGCUUGCUGAUGUUGGGGACUGGGAUAAUGGAAUUUCCAGAGAGUGGCUAGCUGAAUCAGUUUCCUUCACUGACAUCCUUUCCACAGAAAAGUCCGAGAGACCUCCAGGACUCACUCAAGAGGCUCUAGACAGUUUGAAAGUUGAGAUAUUCAGUAAAUCUGAUAACAGUGAUGGAGAGGUAACGGCAAGGCGAUUAGAGGAUUGUAGCAUAUGUCUUGAGAGCUUCCUGGAGGGAGAUAAGCUGAUAUUUUUAACUUGUGGGCAUAGGUUCCACUUCUGCUGCUUGGAUCCCUGGGUGCGGAUCUGUGGGGACUGCCCUAAUUGUCGAAAAGCUGUUGUAAUUACUGGUCGUAGAGCCAAAGAAUGAGUGUAAUCUGUUGCCUAUUAACUUGAUCUCAUACCAUGGUUAAGUUUUGGAUGACGGGAUAGGUCAGAGCCGUUGCUUCAUCUUGGAAGUGACUAAAUGGAAUCCGGUGUUCCAGGAUGCUAACUAAUCAGUCCUUACUAUCUUCCCAUUUGCCAGUAAUGUCAGCUGGAGAUUUUUGUUUGUGCCUGUGAGCUGCCAUUAUGCCUCCUGUGUAUCAAGUCUCCCUUCCUUUCACCAAGUCUUUCGUCUUCCAUGUGUCUAUGCCAUUACUUGGUGAGUUAACCUGGUUUCAAUUGUCCAAGUAUAUCGAAAGAAUUAAAACUGGGAGCGUAUUAUAUGCGAAUCUUAAUUACUUGUAAUAUCCACGUUGAAAUUUAUCUUUUUGCAAUUAUAAGAAUGAAGCACUUAUCUGGUUU